AUGAGCCAGUACGUCAACGUGCCCAAGUCCGACCUGGACGAGGGCCAGAUCCGUGAGCUAGAGCAAUACGAGAUUGCGCAAGGUCCUCUUUCCGUCUUGCAGCAAUCUGUGCGUAAUCAUUCGCAGGUGCUUAUCUCGCUGCGGAAUAAUAAAAAGUUGCUGGCGCGUGUCAAGGCUUUUGACCGGCACUCGAAUAUGGUGCUCGAGAAUGUCAAGGAAAUGUGGACCGAGGUCCCGAAAAGUAAGAACAAAAAGCCCGUGCAUAAAGACCGCUUUAUCUCGAAAAUGUUCCUGCGCGGCGACUCGGUCGUCCUCGUGCUUCGCAACAUUGCCUAG